CGUGCAUGCCUUUUCGAGAUGAUAGUGUGUGGAAGGGGACGCCAGGGUACACAGGGCAGAGUGCACUUCGACUAUAAGAUACGUGCUGGUUUAACGAAAUUGUUUAUUUAAUUGUUGGACGUUCGAUGUGUAGUACGUUUAGUGUUGUGUUUGUAGUGUAAACAACCUAAAAAUGCCAAGCUGUACGUCCGAAAGUCUGUCGAGAGUCUGGCCCAGCACCGAGAGCAUUAAUGGCUGUAGCAUCAGCAGCGGGUCUGCAGACCAUGGAUUUCAGAGCCCAUCAUCCCCUUGCUCGUUUUCCCCCAUUUCGACAUCUCCCGACAACACUUUAAGAAGAAGAAGAAUACGAAGAUCCAGUUCUUUGGGAAAUUGCAUCCACGAGCCCUUCGUCAUUCAGUCCGACGCCAGGGAUUCCAGAGCGCAAAGCCCAACUUUAAGUGUUUUCGAAGAAGAUCAAUCUUUCUCCACUCUAUCUGCUCUAAUAGGAUGGUAUCCAUGCAUUCUCCUAAGAAUCGCCAAAGCCAUCUUUUUGGCGAUCAUGCCCCAAACAUGGAGGCAACUUAUCUUUGCCUUACCGAUGCUAUGGUUUUCCAUGUGGAUGUGGAUAAUCACCCAAAUCGUACAAAUGCCUCUAACCAUCACUCGUCUACUCCUAUCUGUCGUCUUUUCGAGCAACCAACCUGUACACCUGAAAAAAAGAACCGUUUUGAUCAGCGGAGGCAGCACCAUUCAAGCUCUGCAUUUGGCACGUAACUUUUACUCUGCCGGCGCUAGAGUUGUAGUUUGUGAAGUGGAAGGUUUAUUUGCUUUAUCGAGGUUCUCAACGGCUGUCAGUAAAUUUUACACAGUGCCGAAACCCACCAGCGACCAACAGCAAAAUUACGUAAGGGCCUUGUGCGAAAUAGUCGAUAGAGAACAGGCAGUCUACUAUGUUCCAGUUAGUGCAACUACAUCUGCCUACUAUGAUGCCGUUGCUAAGCCACAUUUAGAGUUGCUGGGUUGCACAUGUUUUUGCCCGGGGAUCAAGGAGGUUUGGGUUUUGGAUGAUACUUUGGAAGUACUAAAACGCUGUCAAAAAUAUGGCAUUACCACGCCAACGUACCACGCCAUAACAUCCCAAGCGGAUGUUAAUAGGUUGUAUGAUACUGGCGCAAUUCGUAUGGGAAUGUACGUAAUGUCCACAUCAGGACCAAGCGGUUUAAGGGAGAGAUCUAAACUAAUUUUACCAUUAUCUAGAAGCGAGUUAAAACUACCGUACGAUAUAAGCGAGCAACGACCAUGGGUUGUAGUCCAAGACAUAGAAGGCGAACAUUUCCUAACUUGUACCACAGUAAAACAAUCGCAAGUUAUUGCAAAUGUCACCUGUCGCCUGGGUAAAAACAACGAGUUGGUUCCCGAGGAAAACAAAGAAGUCAAUUUGUGGCUGACGAACUUCUUCGCUAAAUUAAACUUGAUGAGGCCGAUAACCGGACAUGUGAGCUUCAGAUUUGUCAUAUCGAAAGACACCAACGCUAUAAUCCCACUGUCUAGUCGAGUUGGCGUUUCUUUGCCUUACAUUUGCUACACGAAUGUGCAUCCAAGGUUGGUAUGGAAACCGUGCAAGCAUUUAAGACGCCAGUUUUCCGGCCCCAUGAUUAGCGAGGACGGGACCUGCAGGAUUCCCGAGCCGCCUAAAAACGUCAAGAUCAGCAGUAAUAUGGAAUCCGUUACAAGACUAAUUGGUACUGUUUUGGAUAAAAGGGAAGCUUUGUUUGCUCUAUGGGAUCCAGUACCAUAUUGUGCAUAUUACCACAUGCAAAUACCAUUUAAAAAUGUUCUUGGUUUCAUGAGAAAACGUCAAGACAGUUUCCCAAGGCCCAUGACCACUGGUGUGCGCUAAUUUUGAACGCACUUAAUUCUCAUUUUCGGAGAGAGAUGAAAGAGCCUGAACACUUUUGGAGCGAUGGGAAAUGCUCCACAUUAUUUAUGCUUUGCUACCUAUAAGUUUUUUAUAUUGUAAAUAUUUAGAAAGAUUGAGUAAUUAAUUUUUAUUGUAUAUAUUAUUUAUAUUUUAAUGUUUUAUAUAAAUACGUUGGUAUUUUUGUACAAAUUUUAUAUAUUCUUAAUUAUUUUCGUUUGUAUAAAAUUGGUGGUAUGUUACAUUAACUAAAAUAUCAUUGAAUCAAUGAUAUACGUCUAUCAUGUUAUUGUGCAAUUUUGUUAUUUUUAUAAUAAAAUGUAUGCAACUAAAUAAAAUGCUAAAAAUGCA